GCAUGCAGGCAGCUGGACUGUCUGCAGGAGACAUAAGAGUGGAUAUUGCCAUUUGAAACAAAGGAACCGCAACAACAUGUGGAGGAGGCACAAAGAGAAUCGGGCAGACAAAGGAACAAGUUGCUGAUCCCCGGACAAUCGUCGACGAUACACAACAAGAGUAGUAGUGGUGUUGCAAACAGAAGAUGAGCUUGUCCCUACCAACGAAGGUGGAACAAUGGGAACAAUGGAAAUUGGAGAGUCUAUUCACAAGCGAGACCGUGGAGGAGAUGGGGGUGGUGAGGAGGAACGCAGUCGUCUGCGGCCAAGCACAAAAAGAGAUGAAAGAGGGGUGGAUUGGGCAAGAUUUCAAAAUAAAGGACGUGGGUGUCAGAGAGACUGUGAUGUUCUUUGCACUGGAGCUGCAGGAGAGGAAGCUGUAGCAGUAAAAACUACACUAGGGGGAAUUACAAUUAUGGAAACUGUUAUACUGAAAACUGCAGCAGUGGAAACCGCAGCAGUAGAAACUGCAGCAGCGGAAACUGCAGCAGCGGAAACUGGAGCAGUGGAAACUGCAGCAAUGGAAACCGCAACAGUAGAAACCGCAGCAGCGGAAACUGGAGCAGUGGAAACUGGAGCAAUGGAAACUGCAGCAGUGGACACUACAGCAGUGGAAACUGCAACAGUGGACACUGCAGCAGUGGAAACUGCUGGAGUGGAGACUGCAGGAGUGGAGACUGCAGGAGUGGAGAUUGGAGCAGUGGAAACUGCGGUAGCAGCCGAUGAGCAAGUAGGGGCAGAAGCAGGACGAGAGCAUCGUGGGGGCGAAGAAGAAAUUUGAUGAUACAAUUACCAUCGCAGCAUGUCGGAACCACUGAGAGAGACGCGUCACAUGCGUAGGACAGCGACGUUGGCGGGAGCGCAUGUAACAGGUCCACCCCUUAGCAAGGGUUGGUGGGGAAUGCCCACGUGAAAGCAUGCGGCGAGUAAGUGUUGUUGCCGCAGUUCGAAAGUUCUGCCAAGUGUUACAAAUUUGUUCAAAUCUGGUCAAUUACCCAGUGAACACACCAGCCGGUUGAUGGGAAGGGAUGUUGGAGGUCGCACUUGGAUAACGAAUGACAAGGAAGUCCCAAGCAACCACUUUAUCAAAGACGCUCAUGCGAAGCGAGCCAUCGGAACAGACCCGUAGAUGCAUACCUAAAAAGGUACAAGAGCCAUAUGUUGUUGUAGUCUCCUUCCGCUCAAGCCCAUAGUGCACUGGUGGAGGAGGUAAUUGUCCCUAUGAAAGAACAUCAUCAAUGAGGCGAUAGGUGAAGGCAUAUUGCUGAACGGCUUGAAGAUCAUGAUGACGAAUGUCAUUAACAAAGCGUGCUUCAUCCC